GCAUAAAAGUACAAUACAGUAGAGACCAGUAAACGGGGUCAGACAUGGUGGUCCACAACAAACAUUUGAUGAUAGUGAUGAGUAAUAUCCAGGAUGAACAACAUGAAUGACUGGUCUAAGCUUAUACCCAAUUUCAAAGAUGAAAAAUGAAUGAAAACUGACCAUAUAUCAUGAUAUAAUCAUAUUUGUUUGAACUUCCCUCACAAAACUUCCUUUUUUAUAUCAUAUUAACAUGACAACACAAUGUCAGCUGUGUAAAAUUGUUCCAGAAAAGCAUAACAAUAGCAAUAACACUACAUACAUUCAUAUCUCUCUUAAUGUCCCUUCCCUCUUACUUACUUAUUACAGUAUAACUGCGCGGUCAUACUGCCGUCGUUACGGUAACGCCGGAGAAGCCACGCCUCCGCCGUGUAAUCCUCCAUGGACGAUGAGGAGCUCCUCUCCGCUCUCCAUCAUCAUCCGCAGAAAAAUGCGAGCGGGGAGCGGUAACAAAAUGUCAACUCGGGCCGCUCUCCCUCACCCGCAGACAUGAGCGGAGUCCCGUCUGCCUCUUCCACCCGCAACAAGUCGCUCUCACCAUGCGGAUCCACGGCAAAGUAGUUGUGAUCGCCGUGUGUUUCGGAGUUUUCCUACUUUUGUACUUUUUGGGGGGCAACGCCGCGGACGAUCCGCUGUUGAAACAAGUUGUUGAGGAGGAGGAGGAGGACGGCAGCAACUCUACCCCGUCGCCCUCGGAGCUCGGACGCGAUGUUGCAGCAAAGUUUGCGAAGAAAGCGCCGGUCGGCGUGCGUGCCGAGGAGCCCCUCAAGAGACGAAAAGAGGGGAAAGCGAUCAACAGAGGGGCUAGCGUGAAUGCAAAGAGUAAACCUCGGAGUAAUGUGGCCCGGCCUGUGAGCAAGUACGGCCGGCCCGAGGAGGUCAUGCACCUGGCUGUGGUGGCAUGUGGGAAUCGUCUGGACGAGACCCUCACCAUGGUCAAAUCAGCCGUCCUGUUCAGCCUCAAGAAGAUCACGUUUCACAUUUUCGCUGAGGACCCUUUGGCCCCACAGUUUGAAGAAAAGCUGAAGCAGUGGCCUCGCGUCAUCACAGCCAAGUUCCAGCACAGGAUUUACCCCAUCACCUUCUCUGUGGGCAACGCUGACGAGUGGAAGAAGCUCUUCAAGCCCUGUGCCGCUCAGAGACUCUUCCUCCCCGUCAUCCUUAAAGACGUGGACUCGUUACUUUACGUAGACACCGAUGUGCUGUUCCUGCGUCCGAUGGAUGAUAUGUGGAGUCUCCUCAAGUCCUUCAACAGCACCCAGCUGGCUGCCAUGGCCCCGGAGCACGAGGUCCCAAAGAUUGGCUGGUACAGCCGCUUCGCACGUCACCCUUUCUACGGUGUCACAGGGGUCAACUCCGGUGUCAUGCUGAUGAACCUCACGAGGAUCCGCAGCACGAUGUUCAAAAACAGCAUGAUACCCAACAGACUGUCAUGGGAGGAUCUUCUUCAUCCACUCUAUCAAAAAUACAAGAACCACAUCACCUGGGGAGACCAGGACCUCCUCAACAUCAUCUUCCACUACAACCCAGAGUGUCUCUUCAUCUUUCCCUGCCAGUGGAACUACAGGCCGGAUCACUGUAUGUACGGCAGUAACUGUAAAGGGGCCGAAGAGGAGGGCGUGUCCAUCCUCCAUGGCAACCGCGGAGUGUAUCAUGACGACAAGCAGCCGGCAUUCAAAGUAGUCUACGAUGCAAUACGUGAUUUUCCCUUUAAUGACAACAUGUUCCAGUCGCUGUUCUACCCCAUCCAGACCAAGUUCCUGGACACGGUCAACACCCUGUGUGGUCGGAUUCCUCAAGUCUUCCUCAGGCAGAUAGAAAAGACCAUGAAGAAGGUGUUUGAGGAGAAAGUAAUCCGACACGCCAGACCGCACAAAUAACUGGAUGGAGACUCCCUGACAACACAGAGGACUGUCCUCCUGUGGAAUAUAUGUCAUACCAGCAUCUUCCAGACUGAACUGUCGGCUCUGCAGUUGCAGUGCACUCAACACGUAACACUUCCUGGAAUGAACGUGAUGAUCCUCUGGUGAUGGGAUGGGUAGUAGGCCUACGUAUACAGAGAAGCAUACAGUGCUGGUCAGUGAUGCCGUAGACUAGGUUUGCCUUAUUGCCGUCUUAAACCAUUCACAUCCAGUCGAGUAUGGCGAUGAAAUGUUGGAAAGCUGAAAAAAAAGACUGCAUGAAUUAUUUUUCUGUCAAGAAUUAUGAAAGUAUCAUCUCUUCAUCUCAAGUGUAGACUAGAAGCAAAAUUUGAAGUGUGUCAACAGAGCAUUUAACGAAAAGUAUCGACCUUUAUUUUUCCUCAUGAACAUGGUAAACACAAGUCGACUUUGGACUUUGGAAAGCUUUACUACUUGAAGUAGUAGAUUUGUAGACCACUCCACUAAAAUCAUGUGAAUGUUUCACCAGUAAAUAACUUGAAACGUGAGCCUGUGUGAAUGAUAUGAGUUGUCAGUCCUGGGUCUGUUCUGCAGUUGCCAAACGUCACAGACAGUAUUAAAUACAGCACAACAGAGCAAAUAUGGACUUUUUAUGUUACAUACCGAAUGUUAAAAUGCACUUUCAGAACGAUGGUUGUUCGUACACAACAUGUCCACAUUAGAUGAUGCUACACUGUCCGAGUGAUUCCAAAGCAAAAGUGCUAGUAUUUAAAGAUAGUAACAGCUGAUUAUGUGCCAUAUUAAUAUUCAUGUCUGCCAUGCCUAGACGUGUGUGUUUGAGACAGUAUCUUAGUUUGUUCUAUGAUGUGGGGUCUUUCGUGGGUCAUAUGUUUCAGUAGCAUUACUUUCACUGUGGUGUAAUGAUCUAAAUAUAUCAUUCAAACUGGAAACUGAAAAUGGCUGUACAGUCAAAAUGUGUUUCUAAAUAAAUCAAUGCAAUGUUA